CUUGGCACAAAUCAUAUGCUUGGAAACGGUGUGUUUACCACGUGAAACUUGAAGCUGUAAAAUUUUCAACUUGUUAUGGUUAGAUUAUCAAAUUUUUAUAAGUACGAUUAUUUUGGUUAUUUUUCAAAAAUCAUUUGCUAUAUUCACCAACAUGGAUAUUGAAUUAAAAGCUGACGAAAUUAAAUUCCCCAAUGAUCAGGGGCGACAAGUAAAUGUUACAAACUUGACUGUUGAUAGAAUGGAAGUUGAUUCUUCUGACGAAGAAGAUAUUCGAAAUACUGUUGGAAACAUUCCCAUCGAAUGGUAUGCAGAUUAUGACCACAUUGGCUAUGAUUGGGAUGGUAAAAAAAUCAUGAAAGUUGAAGGCGAUGAUGGAGAAGUUGAGGAUUUUCUUAAUAAAAUGGAAGAUCCUUAUUAUUGGAGAACGGUUACUGACAAAUCUACUGGAAGAAAAAUUAUAUUGACAGACAAAGACAUUGACCUUAUCCAACGAAUAAGAAGAGGAGAUGUCCCUGAUCCAAAUUUUAAUCCAUACCCUGAACAUAUCGACACAUUUUCACAUGAAAAGUCAAUUCAUCCGGUUAUUGAAUAUAAUUUACGCAAGGCGGAAUUCCGUGCAUCCAUUAGCGAGAAACGUUUAAUCAGCAAAUAUGUAUCUAAAAUUAAGAAUGCCAAAAGACUCGGUUUGCUCAAACAACAUAAAAAGAAAGAUGAUGAACGAUUUUCAUUCAAUUAUGAUCUAUGGAAAAAAGAAGGUGAAAUUGAUCAUAAAAGACAUAAAAGACAUAUCCCAGCUCCUAAAUUAUUGCCUCCAGGUCAUGAAGAAUCAUAUAAUCCACCACCAGAAUAUUUGUUUGAUGAAGAGGAACUUGAAAAAUGGAAAGAGUCUGAACCAGACGAAAGAAAAAUUAAUUUCAUUCCUCAAAAGUUCGAGCAUCUACGACAUGUUCCAGGAUAUGAGAAAUUUGUGAAAGAACGUUUUGACCGUUGCCAGGAUCUUUAUCUUUGUCCUCGAAUGCGUAAAAAUAGAGUCCAAGUUGAUCCGGAAGAUUUAAUUCCAAAUUUACCCAAACCCAAAGAUCUUUAUCCCUUUCCUUGUUUAUUAUCACUUGUUUACAAUGGACAUACAGAUAAAGUUCGCUCUGUUGAUGUUGAACCUGAAGGACAGUUCAUUGUUUCUGGAGGUGAUGAUUCAACUUGUCGCAUUUGGGAAGUCAUAACAGGACGAUGUUUCAGGACAAUUCAACUUGACCAACCUAUAAAGUCCGUUGAAUGGUGCCCUGUCAAAUCAAAAUCACUCAUAAUAGUUGCUUCAUGGACAAAUGUUUAUAUCAUAAAUCCGGACAUUGGCAAUAAAUCAAUUAGUCUUGAAACAGAUAAAUUAUUACAGGAACUUGUUGAAAAACAAAAAGAAGAAACUGAAGCUUUGGGAACUAAAACAGCUAGUUAUAUUGAAUGGAUUCAUGUUACCAAAGAAAGUGAUGAAGAUGCCUGGAAUCAAGGAAUUCGCUGUAUAAUUAAACACAAAUUUGAGGUAACACAAGUUACAUGGCAUCAAAAGGGUGACUACUUCGCUAGCGUUGCUCCUAAAGGUGCUAACAAGGCUGUUGUUAUUCAUCAACUAUCUAAAAGCAAAUCACAGGUACCAUUCUCUAAAUCAAAAGGAAUCGUUUCGUGUGUUAGUUUCCAUCCGAACAAACCUCUAUUUUUCGUUGCUACACAGAAGAAUGUUCGUAUUUAUAAUCUCGCAAAACAAUCGUUGAUCAAGAAACUUUACUCGAACAGUAAUAGUAUUUCAAGCAUAGCAAUUCACCCUGGAGGUGACAAUGCCAUCAUUGGUUGUUUUGACCUUCGAUUGAGUUGGUUUGAUUUAGAUUUAUCUGACAAGCCUUAUAAAACGAUGAGGUAUCAUAAGAAAGGAGUUAGGAAAGUUGCCUAUCAUAAAAAAUACCCGCUAUUUGCUUCUGUUAGUGAUGAUGCAUCCACAAUAGUCUCUCAUGGUAGAGUUUAUGAUGAUCUAAAUCAAAAUGCAUUAAUUGUCCCCUUGAAAGUGCUUCGUGGUCAUCAAAUAACUGACGAUUUAGGAGUUUUAGAUUGUUGUUUCCAUCCUAAACAUCCUUGGGUCUUCUCCUGUGGAGCCGAUGGCACAAUAAGAUUGUACACUCACUGAUUGAAUAACAUUGCUGAUUAAUCCUGAAACUAGAUCAAAUUGAAAGGAUCAAGUAAACGCAAACAUUGUUUAAAUAAGAGCGACUUAAUAUUUCAUGUUUGUUACAGUAACUAAGAAACUGUUUUUGCAGAAGAGAGAAAAUUAAACAUCAAUCUUCGAAUCUUCAAUGAGUUAUUUAACUAUAGUUUCAAUUUUCAAGUUCUUAAUUAACAAACAUAAAUUCUAUGUGGUAAUUUUCAUUUUUCAACAACAGCUUCAUUUAUUAAACCUUAUUUGAUGAGACAAAAA